AUGAGGAACUUCUUCACCAUCGCUGCUCUCGCAGCUCUGGCCGGCUCUGCCGCUGCCCAAACCUAUACCGAUUGCAAUCCCCUUAACAAGACCUGUCCCGCGGACCCGGCCCUCGGAACUGAACACACUUGGUGGUUCAACUCGACACUCGACUCAACGAUUUGGAAUAUGAGCACUGGGUCGAUAUCCUAUACCAGCGACGCCGCGGAGUUUACCAUCUCGAAGGAAGGCGAAUCCACCCUUCUGCAAUCCAACUUCUAUAUCUUCUUCGGCGUGGUGGAAUCUUGGGUCAAGAUGGCCAAGGGUGGGGGUGUCGUGAGCAGUGUGGUUCUGGAGUCGGAUGAUCUGGAUGAGAUCGACUGGGAAUGGGUGGGAUAUAACACCAGUGAGGUGCAGACCAAUUUCUUCGGCAAGGGUAACACCACCACCUACAACCGUGGCGGGACGCACUAUGUCGCCAAUGCAGACACCGAGUGGCACAACUACACAACUUGGUGGGAUUCCGAUAAGCUGGAAUGGUGGAUCGAUGGCAAUCUCGUGCGAACUCUGCUGUAUACCGAUGAGACCGCUUUGGGUGGUAGGAACUACCCGCAAACACCCUCCCAGGUCAAGAUCAGCAACUGGCCUGCUGGUACGAAGAGUGCUGCCCAAGGUACCAUUGAAUGGGCUGGUGGUUUGGUAGAUUAUUCCAAAGGCCCAUUCACCAUGAGUGUUCAGCGUAUCCGUGUCCAGGAUUUCCAUUCGGGCAAGGAGUACAGCUACGGCGACAAGACUGGUGACUGGAGCAGUAUCAAGGUCACUGGCGGAAACUCGACUGUCCUGGAUGAGCUCAACAAGCCCCCUGCCAAGACUCUGGCCGAAAAAUGGGCAGACCUUGGAACUGGUGCGCACAUUGGAGUUUACGCUGGUGCUGCUGGCGCUGGUGUCCUGGCAAUCGUUGCUUUGGCACUUGUGUGCUUGCGUCAGCGCCGGAAGGGUCGCCUUGAGCAUGCUCUGGAUGACUCGCGGUACGCUACUGAGCGAACAGAGAUGCAGAACUUCCAGAACGACUGGAGGCAGACCGAGUGGAAGAACGGCGGCUACAGCAAGGUUAGCAACUAG